AUGCAGAAUGUUGCGGAUUCGUUUGCGAAUUCUGUGAACUUUGCAGUAGAAAUGGAUGGAAUCUUGUCUUUUCACGCCAAUUAUGAGAGUAGUUUCUACAACCUGGACCAGACCGCUGUCACUAUUAACAACCUCGGAAAAUUAACAGUGGACUACUGUGGAACACGCAAUAUUGACAUCGUUCAAUGCGCAGCCGAAAACACAGGGCGACGCAGCGUUUGA